CUUGACGAAAGGACGCUUUCUUCUCCAAAGCCGUCUAAUACUUCAGCCGUUAGCUUAAUUCAUCAGCCACCUUUGAAGUCUGGUUAAGGUAUUGUACUUUUGUUAAGAUGAGGCAGUGUAACGUUACUUUAUCGCCACUUACUCUUCUUAGUCUUAUUAUGCUAAAUCAACGCUCGCUGGCCUUGUCUAUUACUGUGAGAGUCAAAACAUUUAUUGGAGAUCAACUUAACAACGGAAAGAAGCUUCCAGAAUUAUUUAUUGUCUUUAUGCAGCAAUUUCAAGCGUCGAAUCAUAUGAUUCUUUAGUUUCACAUACUACAGUGUUAUAGGAGGUUUUGAAAAGUUUAUUCGCCGACGAUAAGUACGCUUUGUACGGAACUGGGCAAGAGAAACAGGAUAAAUUCUGUACAACGGAGCUUCCGUAAAAUUUUGAGAUCGUAGGAGUACCAGACUCACCAAAAAAAGAAAUUCUUAAUCAUGUUUGUAGAUUUCACAUUAGAUUCAGGUCUGCUCUCUGGAAAAAUCAGCUCUCGUUAGGUAUUUCUGUUCCAGAAUAGUUCUUCCACAUUAUCAACAAUUUAAAAACGACAAAAUCACCCCUUUGCGAUUGCCGUAAACGACUUCGUUAUUAUGGCUCAACCUCUGUUUUACUGUCGGAGUUGGCAGAUAGAUUUAAGCUACACACCGCCCUUUCAGGAUUUAGAAUGUUUUACUUAACGAUAAAUUAAGAAGACUCCCCAGUUAGACACACUUUUAUGUUAGAAUAUUUUCACGAAAUUUCUGGUGCGCGCUUGUACCUUCCUUUCAUCCGUGACCUCAAAAGCAAAACAAUGCUUACAUUUGACAGAGUUUGUCUACGGAACGUGUCUGCGUGAAUUCUGAAAAUUAUAGGUCUUAUCUUUCAGUCAAUUCUAAUUGCAAGCAAUUGCCUCUUAUUGCAGAUGCGUCCAGGGGUUUAUUUCUAAGAGCAGCUACACCGAAACGGUCCUUGCUCUUGAAGAAUAUAAAUGAAUACAAUAUUUAAUAUCUGCACAUAAAAUGAAUGUGGUCCGACAAAUUUAAGAUGAGUGCCUCUUAUGAGAGCCCGCAAUUGUUGCCACGUCGUCAAUGAAUUAUUGCUUUUAUUUUCCUUUUUCUUUCGGUAAGGAAUCUGAAAGAAGUGUCACUUUAUUUAAGCCGUUCUACCUCAACCAGUGCACGCGGCAACAGACGUUAACCUCGAUUAAUCAACCAGUGCGCUGAGCAACUACUUGAAGCAAUCUUGCAUUUGAUUUAAAUAAAUAAUUUGUAGUCAUCGAACCGAAUCAAAUUAUAUAUCUCAUUCAGUCUAUUCUAAGAACCCCCAACUCCUUCAGCCGGGUAAAUCCUGUAUAGCUAACUUUAAAUUAUGGCUGUAUUUCUGCGCUACUGGGUAGGUCACUGAAAUCAAGCGAUUUUCAGGACUACAUAGCCUGAAUUUCAUCCGAUUACUUCGAGUCGUUAUUACUCCCUCAGUAACCUCUGAAAUGCCGUCCAGUGACGUCACUACUCCUUUGCUUUAAUUCAUGCAAAAAGGAAAAUACUUUUUGGCAAACCCAAAAAUAUCGUUUGGAAAUGUCUACAACAUAUGGAAAAGCUGACAGAAUUGCUUUUCUCUUUUCGAUCGUAAUUCAUGUUUAACGUUCAAACUAUCAACUGCGUCAGUACUCUGAGCCGGUUGUAAUUCAAACUCCGUCGCAAUCACGCAAUGAAAUAAACACACACACGGAACACUUAGUUCAAAACCACAACAAUUUCCUUUAAUUUAAAAGGAGCUAUUUGGUCCUUAACCGAUAACGAAUAAAAAAGAAAACAUGGAAACAAGAAAGAAAAGCUAACAGAAUAUUACACUUGACGGUGAAAAUAGCAAGAAAGUUGAAUGACAACCAGACAUUGGUCUCAGAAACUUCGCAUAAACAAAAUCACUGCGGAAACCACAAAGCGGCCCUAAAUGAAAAACCCACCGACUCUCGGCAACGAUUCUUCAUUCGCAGUUCAAUUCAGCAACUUAGUUUCGAAGACAAGACCAGCAAGACCACGCAAGCAUGCCACCGAUGCGAUCCGCUGAAUAUCAAGCGACAAUCCCGCUAAAAUUUCUCAUAAUUAUACAUAAUUAUGCGAAUAUUUAGACAAUCAACCAAUCAAAAUCACUACCCGAUUGUCGGGUAGUAGUGUCGUCACUGGACAGCUUAACCAGUUCGGGAGUAUGCCAGUUUUGGAAGAAGCGAUGACGUCAUGAUUCCAUUGUUCUGCUAAAAACACGCAAAAAUAGGAAAAAAUAAUCGCAAGAAACAAGGGAGCUUUUUUCAAAGCCUGUUCCAGGUCUCCUCGUUCAAUAUCCAGGACUUCCCAGCUAGCAGUCCCGGUGAAGAAGCCUUCUCCUUGCUUUUUGAAUGUCAAGGGAAGUUUCCUGCCACAUUUCGGUAGUUAAAAGCGACAGUUUUCAAAUGGCCUUCGACGCCGCCGCCGCCAUCUUGACGGGUAUCGAAUGUAAGUACAUGACUUUAUGUUUAGUUUUCAGUAUCUUGCCGAAUUUUUACGAAGUCAAGACUAAUUUUCCUCAAAACUACAACGUUUAAAGUGUGUUCAGGCAAAGUUUCAUCGAUGGCAACAACCUAGUAAAAAUGGCAACCACACAUUGAAAAUUGCCAACGGACAGGAAGGGUUACUGAUAUUGAUGGUUAUGCCUUAGUCUGUCUAUGUAGUUUUAGUUACAAUCGAUCAGAUCUGUUUUUAGUCGUGUUCAGCGGCAAUGUAUGCGACUCUCAUCUAGAAAUCACUUUAUUGAUCCAGAUCAUGUGUGUGGAAUGAGUUUUAAAUCAGUGUGAGUAGGUUCUUAUAUUGAUUUCUUUUAUUUUGAUCAGGAUUUCCGUCAAAAAUGUAGACAAACAUCUGGAGAUAUUACAAACAUGUUGUCGCGUUUGUGCCAAAAGGCUGGGAAAAGGAACCAGGAAGACAAAAUGCUAAAUAUCUUCAGAACGACAUAUUUGUGCUCAGAGGGCAAAAUAUUGCUUUAGGUUCGCCUUAUGUUCCACUGUAAUGAAAAAUUUAAUGUCCAAAUUCAACCCUACCUCAAUAAAAUUAAAUAUGUUUUUUUUGUUUCUUUGUAGUGUGGUCACAGGCUUACCCACCACAAAAGCCCCUCCUUUGACCCUUUCAAAAUGGGUAAGAGGGAAACAGGUUGGAAGGGGGGGCUUAUAUACCUUGUGAGUGGAAGCUCACACUCAAUGAUCAUUCAAUCAUAGAAGAGACUGUGGCCCUUAUUCAAGGGGCUUUAAAGGAGAUAGAUGAGGAAGGAGUCAUGGACGUGGAGGCUUGUGAAGAUUUUCUCUACAUAAUGUUCAAUCCCUCACGUCAAAUAUUGUUUAUACUUUACAGAUGCCAAAUACAUAAUAUGUUCAGUCCCUGUGCUGUGCAAAAGGUCAAUCUGAAACAUGAAAAAUGGCACACUCUCCCCCAUCAAUCCCUGUGCAUGAGCAAUAAGCCCUCAUUUGAUGUCAUAAUAUCGAAUAUGUGUGUAUUUGAAUAAAUCCUAAAUUAUUAGAGAUUCUCUUGAUGAAAAAGCAUCUAUGUUAAUGCAUCGUCUUCUACAAAUCAUCCUCCCUAAUAAAUAAUACAUGAGAGACAUCUCACAAGAUAACUAUUGAAAAUCGAUGUCAGCUGCUACUAUCUUCAUUAUAUCAAUUAAGUGUUGGUUUUUGGUUUUCAUGUCCAAGAAGGUGUUAAAAAAACAAGAUUUUGUGAUAAAAGAGUGUGUAUAAUAUGCGAACCAGCGAGCCAUGGCAGCGAGUCAUGCAGGUCAGAAUCAAAAACAGUAAUAUGGAAAGAAUUAACUGACAGGACCUAAACUAAAAUGUUUAUUUACAAAAAACAAAAUGUAACAAUGAAUAACUUUUAUUGUACCUUUACUCUGAUGUGUAAGCUUUGUUUUCUUGAAAGUGCUGUUCAAUAGAAACAUGAAGACCCGGCUAUGAAAAAGAACUUUGGAAAACUUAUGUUGUGUCCAUGCCAAGUGCAGUAAUCAUUAUUAUUUUGGGUCAAACCUUGUCUAAUAGAAUUGUUUGAGGGUCCCCACAGAGAAGACUUGGAGAAAAGUGCUCCUCAAAGUUACAAUGCCUUUGGUUUAACGGCAACCCCAGAGUUAAAAACAAUAAUUUAGUAUUAUUCGGACGUAACAUCAAAUCCCAUACAAGAGGAUAAUUUAUAACAAACCAUAACCUUGUUGAUCUCUGACCUCUGGUCAAAUCUGGUGGACUACAAGGCUAUAGUAUCCCAUUUUAAUCAAUAGAUCCAAAAGCAUGUAACAAGCAUAAUUCUUAAUUUUCCAAUAUGUAUAUUAAAUUCUUAAGAGCCUCUUGCAUUUGUUAAGCUUGACCAAAUAAUCAGUGAACUUCAGAAAGUAGAAUAAUUGAAAGCAAUAGGUUUUUUUGAAGCGGGACAAAAAAAAAAUGAUCAGGGAUGAUCAGUAAGAUUUUCACUUUGUGGGUUUUCAAGAAGAAAACGCGGGCAAAAUACCCUCAGAAAUCCCUUGUAAACCUGUUGUAUACCUGGACGGAACCGCUUCAAGACAUAAACCAACAGAACAUCAUAUUUGAAAAAACAGAUAUUUUACUCACAAAUGACUCGCUUGCACCAAAACAAUAACCUGAAUUACAGCCGUCUUCUCCGGCCGGUCGCUCACUCGCGGGAGAGAAACAGAAGCAACGGGAAAAAUUACAUUAACACUUACUGUGAAAGCAAACAUAAGGAAAUGAAUUAUAGAACAACUCACUUUUUAGUUGUUUCCAAAGCAUUCUUUUUUCCUUAUGAUAUAAAAAAAUAAUGAAAUAAAUAGGCACAAACUUGUUAGCGUGCUUACCUAUUUGCGAUGUACUGAUUACACACGCAGUGAGUACGCAGUGCCUACUAAGCGCGCGAUAAGCGAAGAACUAUAGCGCAGGAAUGGUUACUCCCUGUCCUCAAGGUACUUCCCAAUUCAUAGUA